UUUGAGCCGUAACUGUAUGAUCUUGAACAAAUAUUUGCUGAUUGAAAAAGGAUUGUGGCUACGAUACUGAAAUCAAGCCGCUCAUUUCUCAGCAGGUAACAUGGAGUAUUCUGUGCUGUGUCUCCUGCUGUGUCUAACCACCAGUAAAGAUGUUAGUGGUCAGACGAUAGUCGCGUCUCUGAAUCAUGCAGCUGUGAACAGCAAUGUCACACUGCAGGUGUACCCUGAGACAUCCAUCCAAGGAGGGAUGUGGUUUCAUGGAUCAACAUUCAUCAUGCAGUGGUACCCCAUGGGUUCCUUUCCUAAUCCUACAUGGGCAAGCCGGAUCACCUUCAAUUCAACCCUUUUGGCUCUCUCCAUAAGAUCAGUCCAGGUGGCAGAUUCAGGAAUAUAUUUGAUUCAAGGGCCAUCCAUAGAACUGAAUGUGAUUUUGUCGGUCCAAGAGCCCAUUUCAAACGCCAUCCUGAGGGCCGAUGCCACCGACCUGGUGGAGCUAAAUGACACAGCAGUUUUCACCUGCUCUGUCACCACUGGCUCCUCCCUCUCCUACCUCUGGCUUAAUGGCAGCUCUGAGGUCAAUGCCAGUCUGGUUCAGCUGACCAAUGGCGGUUCUACUGUCAGCAUCCCUAUGGUAACCCGCUAUGACACGGGGCCGUUCAGGUGCAACGUCUCCAAUGGCAUCAGUCACGACAUGGUCAGACAGUCUAUAAGUCUGAACAUUAGCUAUGGGCCAGAUACUCCCGUCAUAAUGGGCCCAUGGUUGAAUUUGACGAGCCAGAAUGUGACCCUCACCUGCACAGCCUCCUCUCAGCCCCCCAGCACCUACACCUGGUUGUUUAAUGGCUCCCAAGUGGCCACUGGCUCAGUUUAUGAGUCUGGCCCGCUGACCUCACACAAUAAUGAAGAGUUCACCUGUGUCGCCUUCAACAACAUCACAAACAAGAACAGCACAGCCUCUCAGAAACUCACUGUUAUUGGAAACUCAGUCGUCCCACUCCACUCAAGCGCUGGUUUGAUGCUGAUGGUUCUGGUCGCUCUCUUCGUCCCUGUGGUCAAUGACCUGUGGUCCCACUGAGACCCUCAGUAAGAAACAUGGAGAAACUAUUCCAAUACCAAGACCACUUGUUUGAUAGACCUCCACCUCCUCCCUCUAUCCACUCUCCUCCCUUAACUUCUCUUCCACUGAUCUGUAAAAGACUGGAUUUGCAUUUUCAACAUCACAACUGAGCCAAAAUCACAAACCAACAAAACAAAGAUGGUGUAGUUUCGUUCAUAUUGCUUAGACCAGUGGCGAUUUCUUUAAGACUGCAAGUGAAGCUCAGCUUCCCGUAACAUUUCAAAAAAUGUAUGGUCAAAUAUUUACUAUUGUGUUAACAUUUUAAAUGUGUUAGAACAUGUUCAUAUCGAAGACGAGUUUGUUCAGAAUCAGCUACAUAUAUUAGCAGGUCGACUGACUGAUUUCCUUGUCAUACAUUCCCAUAGCGCCACUAGAACCAUCCUUUGGGAAUGUUUGUAGGAAAGAGAACAAAAGGAAAGGGAGCAGAGUGUGAGGUGAAAUACAAAGAAAGACGUGCAAACUAAAGUGUCCUGUUAUACUCUCUGUGUUCUGAAAUAAAGUUUUGUGUCUAAAAGUUUGUUAUUUUUAACAGUAGUCUAGGUCAGGGUGCAAUAUUGGUUACAUUCCUCGUGGUCAAACUGGAACUUUGUGUGUAGUGUAACCUUUUUUUAACAUUAGCAUAUAUGCUGCCCCUCAGGACAAACCAAAGACACCUGAAUGCCAAAGAUACAUUUUUUUUCGAUAAGUUUAUUACAAACAAGGAUGACGGUAUUUAUGCAAGUAUGUGGUAAUACACCUCUUAGCAUUAAUAUGGAAUAUAUGCUGUAUAUUUGUAAAUGGGACAUGCUCCUUUUGAAUGGAAUAUAUCAUGAUACAAAAACAUGGUUAUGGAGGCAUAGUUUAUGAAAGUAAAUGUCUUUAAAUGGGAAUGGUGGAUUUG